GGCGGGUCAGGAACAGUGGAAGUCAGGGUGCAAGGGAGGGAGGAGGGGAGGGAUGACGGCGGGUCAGGAACAGUGGAAGAGAGGGUCGAAGAGAGUGAGGAAGCAGAAUGCGGACCGUCAUCAAGUUCAUUACGCAGCAGCGAGGAAGCACCAGCAGCCACCAAGCGACGAAGGCUCUCUGAAAUCACUGCCAUGGGCGAUGAACCACUUCAGGCUUGGCUUGAUAGUCUUCCCCGGGAGGACUUGCAGCACAUGGCGCUGCUUCUGUAUACAAGGCUUCCCACUAUUUUUGGUCUCAAGAAAACCGACACAGCUACUGCUGUUGGAGAGAUUCUCCAGAAGAAUGAACGCACCAUCAGACGUUGGGUUGAUGACUUUGCAUCGAACAGUGGAGAUUUUUCAGACUCGCAACAAGGCCACUACACUAGAAACAACACGCUCAUAUCGAACGAGGAAAUCAGCGAGAGGGCAAAAGUCUACGUACGGGAAAAUGCUGCUCCAAAAGGUAGACCCAACCUCACAGCCACAGCCUUCUGUCAGUGGGUGAACAACGAACUACUACCAAACUCCACCCUUGAGCCAGGCUACCCCCGCAGAGUGUCUGUGGAAACAGCACGAAAGUGGCUCCAUGAUCUUGGGUUUGAUGUUCUUCACAUGUCAAAGGGUGUGUUCAUUGAUGGCCACGAACGCCCUGAUGUCGUGGAGUCAAGGGAGAAAUUUCUGAGAACAAUGACGGAAUGUGGGUUUCUCCGUCCCGACAAUGCUCCCACCCAGGAAGCUGCCCGAGCACUGGCAGCCGACGUCCCACACGUGUCAAAGGAAGAGAGAGAGAAACGCAUUGUGUGGUUCCAUGACGAGAGUGCCUACAACACAACCGAAGACACGCCAAUGCUGUGGGGGGAGAAGGGAAAAUUGCCUAUCAAGCCAAAGGGAAAAGGCUCCUCCAUCAUGGUUUCAGAGUUCAUCGAGGAGAAAGACGGCUACUUGGCACUCUCUGACGAGCAGUAUGAAUUUGAGGUGACAAACAGUGGUGGUGGCAUCAAGAAGUCUGCCCUUGCACUCCUGGAGAUUGGUGAGAACCGUGAGGGGUAUUGGACUGGUCAACGUUUCGUGGAGCAGGUUACCAAGGCUGUGAAAAUCGCUGAAGUCAAGUAUCCAACAUCACAGGGAUACCACCACAUCUGGUGCUUUGACCACAGCUGCAACCACACUGCUUUUGCGGAUGAUGCUCUGAUUGCUUCCAAGAUGAACAAAGGCCCCAGGGGAAAACAGCCGAAGAUGAGAGACACAGUCUGGAAUGGACAACCACAGACAAUGAAUCUGCCUGACGGACGACCAAAGGGAGCGGCCCUUGUUCUCGAGGAGAGGGGUUACAACACGAGAGGAAUGAAGCUGGAAGACAUGCGAGCAAUUCUAGCUGACCAUGACGACUUCAAGAAUGAGAAAUGUCGUGUUGGCAGAUUUCUAAGCAACAUAGGUCACACAUGUGUUUUUAUCCCGAAGUUUCACUGCGAGCUCAACCCAAUCGAGCGUGUUUGGGCUCAGAGCAAGCGCUACACAAGGGCCUACUGCGACUACACCAUUGGCUCCCUUCGACGAAGCAUUCCUCUGGGGCUAAAGAGCGUUUCGAAGGAGAACAUUGCGAACUAUGUGCGUCGUUGCAGAAACUAUAUGUUUGCAUACCUGGAGGGAUCAGCAGUCGGACAGGAACUAGAGGAGAAGAUCAAAUUCUACAAAUCAGCAAGCUACACGUCACACAGGAGGGUUGGUAUCAAUAUCUGAUUACAUUUUCACAGAUAUUGAUGGAAAAUUUCACAGAAGAACAUUGCGAACAAUGUGCGUUGUUGCAGGAACUAGGCAUAUGUGGAGGGAUUAACUGUUGCCUGUUGAACAGUAUUGUGCUGUUGGUGAAGUUAGGUGGGACAGGGGAGGGAGUUUCACCAACACAAAGCCACAGUUGUUGGUGCAAGAGUUAAGUGGAACAGGGGAGGGAGUUAGGAUAACAUUACAUCACAAUUGUUGUGCAGUGGGUUGAAGGAGUUAAGUGGAACAGGGGAGGGAGUUAGGAUAACAUUAUGUCACAACACACAGGGCGUUUCUGGCCACCUGGUAGAGACCAAACUCCUCCGACCCCUGAAACUCACUGGAGACUGUCUUGAAAGAUUUUUUCUACAAUGUCGCAACCAACAAACUCAAGCCACUGAUUAUGGGUAGUUGGACAGCUUAAGAAGGCGGUAACAAUACUUUGCACGGAACCUAUUUUCCUAACACGAAAUGUGAGCUAGAAACGUAAUUAAUAAUGUGAACGAGUAAUGAGUGAGGGAUUUGAGUUUUUAUUAGUGAACUUGGACCUCCACGGCUAUUGUAUAUACUGCAGUGAUGUGACGACGACUUUGAGGUGUAUGUAACUGCCCUCAGCUUUUGACAAAUGUGGGCAUGUGAUCUCCAUGCCUCACGAUUGCGUCCGCUUGUUCUCGGCCAAUGGUGCCGAGCUCCAGCACAAAGUUGAACAGUUGUUCCCCGGGCAUGCUGAACAGCAUCGUAAAGAAGCCGGUGAAGGUCUCUGAAGUCUUGUACGACCCAAAACCACUCAUGCCCACAUUUUCAAACGAGUUUGCCUAGAUUGUGUGUUUGGGCAAUGGCUCUUGUCAUCGCCCCAAGGAUCCCGUCGUCUCCAAUGUAGCUGCAGUUGACGAGUCUCAGCUCUGUGAGGUAGGGGCUCUCCAGAACUGUGGAGAUGGCCGACUAGCAGUGGUGGCCGCCGAGAAAUGUGACACAGGCCGAGUCGACAGAACGGCAGAACGGGCGAAAAGGUCGAGGGCCUCACGUGUGGCGUCAAACUUGGAAGUUUGGUUGCUCUCUUCCUCGGGGAAGUUGAACUGCAGAUCAAGUCUCUUGAGUUGUAGUCCGGGGUAGUCUGCCAGCCAGCCAAGAGGAAAGAGAGGUUCGCCCACUGGCACUGGCGGGUCCAGAACGCUGGAAGUCAGGGUGCAAGGGAGGGAGGAGGGGAGGGAUGACGGCGGGUCAGGAACAGUGGAAGAGAGGGUCGAAGAGAGUGAGGAAGCAGAAUGCGGACCGCCAUCAAGUUCAUUACGCA